GCUGAAGUUACAAAGUAGUUAUCUUAUUAUUCCUAGUUAUUAUAAUUUAUUGAGUAUUAAUAAUGAGUUCUUUUGGUGUGAAGAACAAGUUUGGUGGAGGUGGAAAUCCAGGAACAAGUAAAAAGUUCAAAGCGGGAGACGAUGAAGAUGAUGACUUCCAGUUUGCAGAUAUUGUGGACGAGCCAAUUGAUUAUGAUGCAGAGCUUGGUGAAGGUCCCGAAAUGGAAAAUACAGUAAAGAAAUGGGCUAGACCUAUUAUGCCAAAUUUAGAUCCCAAAAAAGAUGCUGUGACUUUCCAACAGAUUGAUAUUGAUCAUUAUACAGGUAGUCCAAUGCAAGGAAUGCCCGGUGCACAGAUCGGUCCGGUUCCAAUAUUUCGAAUGUAUGGAGUUACGAUGGACGGAAACUCAGUAUGUGCUCAUGUUCAUGGAUUCUCACCGUAUUUAUAUGUUCAAGCACCUGCUAAUUUCCCAAAAACUAAACUGUCUGAAUUCAAGUCAAAGCUUGAUGCUAUAGUUUUGAAAGACAUGAAGUCUAACAAGGAUCAUGUACAGGAAGCAGUUUUAAAAGUUGAGAUUAUUCAGAAGCAAUCUAUUCAUUAUUAUGUAGGAGAUGAGAAAGUUAAUUUCAUUAAAGUAACAGUCGCUUUACCAAAGAUGGUUGCAGCUGUUAAGAGACUUUUGGAACGUGAAAUAAUCAUGACUGAAUACAAUUUUCAAGAUUGUCGAUGCUUUGAGAGCAACAUUGAUUUUGAUAUUCGUUUUAUGGUCGAGACAAAAGUCGUUGGAUGUAGCUGGAUUGAGAUUCCAGCAAAAAUGUGGCGUAAGAGAUCUAAGGGAAGUUUUCCAGAACCAGAAAGUCGAUGUCAAUUAGAAGUUGAUGUUGCUUUUGAUAAAUUCAUAGCACAUGAACCAGAAGGCGAAUGGCAAAAAGUUGCUCCAUUCCGUAUAUUAAGCUUUGAUAUUGAAUGUGCUGGUCGUAAAGGAAUCUUCCCAGAACCACAACAUGAUCCCAUCAUUCAAAUUGCUAAUAUGGUCAUGCGUCAAGGAGAAAAGGAACCAUUUAUAAGGAAUGUCUUUACAUUAAAUACUUGUGCACCGAUUGUUGGAUAUCAUGUUUUAAGUUAUGGAAAGGAAACAGAAUUACUCGAUGCAUGGAGUGAAUUUGUUCGUCAACUGGAUCCUGACAUAAUUACUGGCUAUAAUAUCAACAACUUUGAUAUUCCUUACCUUAUUAAUCGCUCAAAACAUUUAAAAGUCAAUAAUUUCGUCUAUCUUGGUCGUAUUAAGAAUGUUAAGUCUGUCAUUAAGGAAUCAGUCAUUCAAUCCAAGCAAAUGGGACGUCGUGAAAAUAAGCAAGUCAAUUUUGAAGGUCGUGUACCAUUCGACUUACUUUUCGUCCUUCUUCGUGAUUAUAAACUUCGAUCGUAUACUUUAAAUGCAGUCAGUUACCACUUUUUACAGGAACAAAAAGAAGAUGUUCAUCACAGCAUCAUCACAGACUUACAAAAUGGAACAGAUCAGUCACGUCGUCGUCUAGCAAUUUAUUGUCUCAAAGAUGCUUACUUACCAUUGAAGUUAUUAAACAAAUUGAUGUGCAUUAUCAACUAUAUGGAAAUGGCUCGUGUAACUGGCGUAUCCUUAGCUAGUUUAUUGACUCGUGGACAACAGAUUAAAGUUGUAAGUCAAUUGCUACGUAAAGCACGUGAUGCAGGAUAUUUAAUUCCAACAUAUACAGGACAAGGAGGUGAUAAUGAGCAAUUUGAAGGAGCCACAGUCAUUGAACCGCGUAGAGGAUAUUAUUCAGCUCCAAUUGCUACUUUAGAUUUUGCUUCUCUAUACCCUUCAAUUAUGAUGGCUCACAAUUUAUGCUACACAACAUUAAUUAAACCAGCAGAUCGUAAGAAAUUAGACUUAAAGGAUGAAGACAUCACUCAAACUCCAUUGGGAAAUUUCUUUGUAAAGACAAACGUACGCAAAGGAUUAUUGCCUGAAAUUCUUGAAUCUUUGCUUGGUGCACGUAAAAAAGCUAAAGCUGAACUUAAGAAUGAAACUGAUCCUUUUAAACGUAGUGUACUCGAUGGUCGUCAGCUUGCUUUAAAGAUUAGUGCAAAUUCAGUUUAUGGAUUUACAGGAGCUCAAGUUGGAAAGUUGCCAUGCUUAGAAAUCUCGGGAAGUGUUACUGCUUAUGGACGUACUAUGAUUGAAUUGACAAAGAAUGAGGUUGAAGGACGUUAUACGAUGAAAAAUGGAUAUAGUGCCGAUGCAUUCGUCAUUUACGGAGACACAGAUUCUGUCAUGGUGAACUUUGGGACAGAAUCAUUAGAGAAAUCGAUGGAACUAGGAAGAGAAGCUGCAGAGUUUGUCAGUGAAAAAUUUAUAAAACCGAUCAAGCUGGAAUUUGAAAAAGUCUACUUCCCAUACUUACUUAUUAAUAAAAAGAGAUAUGCUGGUUUAUAUUGGACCAAGACUGAAAAGUAUGAUAAAAUGGAUUGUAAAGGAAUUGAGACAGUUCGUCGUGAUAAUUCGCCAUUAGUAGCUAAUUUGAUGAACACAUGCUUACAAAAAUUGUUAAUUGAACGCAAUCCAAAUGCUGCUGUCGAUUAUGUAAAGUCUGUAAUUUCUGAUUUACUUUGUAAUCGUGUUGAUAUUUCACAAUUGGUGAUUACAAAGGAAUUAACUAAGCAUGAUUAUUCAGCUAAACAAGCUCACGUUGAACUAGCAGCUAAGAUGAAGAAACGAGAUCCAGGAAAUGCACCAAAAUUAGGUGAUCGAGUUCCAUACGUAAUUACAGCAGCAGCAAAAAGUGCGCCAGCUUAUGCAAAGGCUGAAGAUCCUGUUUAUGUCCUGGAAAAUAAUGUUCCAAUAGAUUUUCAAUAUUACCUAGAAAAUCAGCUAUCAAAGCCAUUGCUGAGAAUUUUUGAACCAAUUUUGGGAGAUAAGGCAGAAUCGAUUCUAUUGCGUGGCGAUCAUACAAGAACAAGAUUAAGUGGAACAUCAAAAGUAAGUGCUCUAGCUGGUUUCGUUCAAAGAAAAGAGACAUGUAUUGGAUGCAAGACUGUUCUGAUUGGAGAUCGAGCUAAAGGAGCUUUAUGUCAGCAUUGCGAUCCAAAAGCUGAUGAAAUAUUCCAGAAUGAAAUUGCACAGCAGUGCCAAUUGGAGGAAAGAUUCUCACGUUUAUGGUCUGAAUGUCAACGAUGUCAAGGUGCUAGAAAUGAAGAAGUUUUGUGUACAAGUCGAGACUGUCCAAUCUUUUAUAUGAGGACUAAAGUUAAGAUGGAUCUAGAUACACAAAAUAAGAGGAUUGUUCGUUUUGGAGCACCAGCUAUGAAUAAUUGGUAACAUAUCAUGUCCCUUAUUUGUUUUUUUGUUUGAAUAAUUAAGAAAUAAAGAGUUUGUUCCGUUUAAAAA